UAUAUAACAGGAACCAAGCAAAUCAUUCAGCACACAUUUCUAGACCAGAUUUUGUGUGAGAAGAUACUCUGAAGAAUGAGGAUCCUGAUGUCUCUGUUGCUGCUGAUGCUGUUCUGCUCUAUUCAGCUGACUUCAAGUGCUCCUCAUGCACUUGAAACAGAAUCAUCAUGCUGUUUCCAAUUCUAUAAUAAUAAAAUUCCUUUGAACCGGGUGGUGUCUUUUUACCGGACCAGAAGAAACUGUCCCAGACCAGCUAUUGUGUUUCGAACAGCUGCUGGAAGGGAGUUCUGUUUAGAUCCAUACAACAGCUGGGUGAACAGCCAUAUUGCGGAAGUGAACAGCAGAACAACAGCAGCUACAGCAAAGACUCUAAGCACUACAGUAUAAAUACUGCAUCUUUUUUAGUAUUUAAUGGGGAAAGUCAUAAUUCAUAAUUAUUUCUGUAGAGCAACUAUUUAUCAUGCUUUUAUUAAAAUAAAUGAUAAUAUUUGAUUUGUUGAAAUUAUAUUUCAUUUUACACAAGCUGAUUCAAAAGCAGUUUUCUGUGAAUUUAAAUUAAUGUGUAGUUGAAUUGUUGUGUUUUGUGGACUUUAACAUGUCUUU